AUGGAUCCCCGAGAAAGAGCAGCCUUAGAUAUUUCCACCAGAAACCCUCAAGAAGACUUUGAGCUGCUGCAAAGAGUUGGCGGGGGAACCUACGGGGAAGUCUACAAGGCCAAGAACAAGGAAACGGGGAAGAUGGCGGCUAUCAAGAUUGUAAAAAUGGAAGCCGAUGACGACUGCGCCACCAUUCAACAAGAGAUCGUCAUGGUGAAGACGUGCAAACACCAGAAUAUCGUCGCCUAUUUCGGAAGCUACCUCCAGUUUAACAAACUUUGGAUCUGCAUGGAGUUCUGCGGGGGCGGGUCUCUCCAGGACAUCUACCAAGCCACCGGGCCCUUAUCCGAGCUGCAGAUCGCCUACGUUUGUAGAGAAAUGCUGCAAGGGGUGUCAGGCCUGCAGGGUUUGACACAGAGAGAGAUCCAAGGAGCCAACGUCCUCCUCAACGACCGCGGGGAAGUCAAACUCGCGGAUUUUGGAAUCUCGGCACAAAUCAGCGCUACUUUUGCCCGGAGAAUGUCUUUCAUCGGCACCCCUUACUGGAUGGCCCCGGAGGUGGCAGCAGUGGAGAUGAAGGGAGGGUACAACGUGCUGUGCGACAUCUGGUCAGUGGGGAUCACAGCCAUCGAGCUGGCCGAGCUGCAGCCCCCCAUGUUUGACAUGCACCCGAUGCGAGUCCUGGUUCUCAUGACGAAGAGCGGCUACCAGCCCCCGAAGCUCAAGGAGAAAGCCCGGUGGACGCCCGCCUUCCACAACUUUGUCAAGAUGACGCUAACCAAGAACCCGAAGAAGCGCCCGGGCGCCUCCAAGAUGUUGACUCACCAGUUCGUGGCCCAGCCUGGCCUGAGGCGCAGCCUGACCCUUGACCUUCUGGAGAAACUGCGCCAUCCCGAGCAUCUGUCUGGCUGCAGAGGCGAGGUGGACGAGGAGGAGCAAGAGCCACCUCCCCCUCCGGUGCCCCGAAGAAUCCGUUCCAGCCACCGGCCGGGCGUCACUUCGCCUAGGUGCUCCGAUCCCCACGCUCAACAUUUCGGCCACAGCUCCGGCAGCAGACCGAGGCUGGGUUCCUCAAAUAUAAAGGAACUCUCCACGGAUCCCGGCUAUGGCACCGGUAGUCAUCUUUACACCUCAGCAUUUAGCACCAGGGACAACGCAUCGGACUCCGACCACGAUUACGAUGACGUGGAUGUUGCCACCUCAUCCUCUGAUCUCCCACCCCCGCUGCCCCCCAAGCCCAAGCUCUGGACCGCCUCAGAGGAACCUGUGGCAGACCGGUCCCCCUCGCAGUGCUGGGCGAAACCCGGAUCAUGGGGAAGGUGCUCUAGCGGGCCUGUGAGGGGCUGGACCCCUCCCCAAACGGUGCAGAUGGGGGCUCAGGCCUCCCACCUUAGCGCCAGAUCAGUCCCUGAGCUGCGGCCGGUUUGCCAGAUGGAAGAGCGCCCCCUCCUGCCCCCCAAGCCAGGGAGGAAACCAAAACCAGACAGGAGGCUCUUCAGGAAAGUCUUUAACGAGUGUCCUUUGCACGUCACCUCGGCCACGUCUUGGGUCCACCCGAACACGAAAGAGCCGCAUCUGAUCCUGAGCGCCGAAGAGGGAAUCUUUGCCUUGAACCAGAGUGAUCCAGAGCCAACCCUGGAGCUGCUAUAUCACAGCCGCACGACUUGGGUGUACAGCAUUGAGAAUGUCCUCAUGUCCCUGUCAGGUGAGUCGGUAGCAGCAUUGGGGAAAAAUGUCACCACUACCAAGAUCCCAGACACGAAAGGAUGCCAGAAGUGUUGCGUGGCCAGGAACGAGCUGACCGGUUGCCACUACCUGUGCGGGGCGCUGGAAGCGGGAGUGGUCUUGUUGCAGUGGUAUGAACCCAUGCAGAAGUUCAUGCUGGUCAAGUAUUUCGACUUCCCUCUGCCCUCGCCGCUGCCUGUCUUCGAGAUGCUGGUGACCCCCCAGGAGGAGUACCCGGUGAUCUGUAUCGGAGUGAGCCGGGGAGCGCCCGGGCAGGCCGUGGAGUUCCACGUCAUCAACCUCAAUUCGCUGACCUCCUGGUUCAUCGACGACGGCUCCGGACGCCGCAACCCCUCUUUCCAGCUAGUGCAAGAGUUGCAGGACCAACGCUGGACCUUCCGCUUGCUGGGAUCCUCCAGCACCGUCGUGUUGGAGACGCGGCCUGCCGACAACCCCAGCUCCGCCAGCAACCUCUACGUGCCGGAAUGACCCGACCCGUUUUGUGCUCCUCUGCCUCCUGUGCGCCCCCCUCAGUUCCCGUGCGGCUGGGUGACAGCAGGGCGCCGCCUCUCUCCAGCCUGGCUAGAGGCCUCCGCGGAGACGGGGAAGACGCAGAAGGGCGAAGCUGCCCUGCUUCAAAGUGCUGCUCCCAAAGGGGGUAAGGAAAGAAGGGGGACGGCGAACACGACUCAAGUGUUUCGCUCUCGGCCAGGCCUGGACCCCUUCGGCCUGCGUGGGUGUCGAUGGCCUCUCCUGGGUCCUGCUAUGCAGGCAGCCGUGGCCGUUUCCCAGUUACGUUUCCCUCAGAUGUA